AUGCUGCAACGCUGUGCCUGUGUACUGAUCUUAGUAUUCUUUUUUUUUCCGGCUGCUUCCUUGCACCGUUGUACUUCGCUCUCACUGAUGGUUCCUUGCUGCCACCUAAGUAAUGGCUGUCGCCGCCGUCACGCGACACGGACGGCAGCCGUGGGAGACCGCAACGCGCGUCUCCGCGCCAUCCCCCCCUCAACUGCUGCCUACACGCGUGUGGAGGACAACGCCGUGGGAGCCGCGCCCCGCCUUUUCGCCCGCGCCUCGUGGAUGCAUCCCCCGCCGAUGUCUGCAGACGAGCCACGCAUGCACGCAGGUGGGACAGCCGUGCAUACGACGCCCCAACUCACACAGGCGCCUUCCCCCGCCCCGCCCCGCCCCACGCACUAG